UUUCACUAUUCUCUUUGCCCGUCUGCAGAUUCCGAUUUGUCGCAAUUGUUUUCCGAGUUUCUCAAGCAGGAAAAAAUCGAACGAAGUCUCAGCAAGCGACAGCUAUUGAUUUCAAUCAGGAAAAAUGCUGACUUCGGCUAAAUUUGUUCCUUCGACGGUAAGGGGUUUGCGUGGUAUUUACAGUUCGUCGAUUAAAUUCAGCGACAACCUUUUUGUCCACCGUGAUACUCCCGAGGAUAAUCCCAGCAUCCCAUUUGAAUUCACAGAGGAGAACAAAAAGCGAGCAAAAGCAAUUCUCAACAUUUACCCCGAAGGUCACAAACGGGGCGCUAUGAUUCCCCUGCUCGAUCUGGCUCAACGGCAACACGGCUGGCUUCCGAUUUCCGCUAUGCACAAGGUAGCCGACAUUCUGGGCUUGCCAAACAUGAGAGUCUACGAGGUGGCAACUUUCUAUACGAUGUUUAUGCGAAAACCUACCGGAACGUAUCACAUCCAGGUAUGCACUACAACGCCCUGCUGGCUGCGUGGAUCCGAUGAAGUGCUGAAUGCUUGCAAGCGUAAGCUGAACAUUGGAGUCGGUGAAACUACCGAAGAUGGAAAGUUUACUAUUUCCGAGGUGGAAUGCUUGGGAGCGUGUGUCAAUGCACCGAUGAUCGCCGUUAACGAUGAUUACUAUGAGGAUUUAACCGAAAAGGAUACCGAAGAGAUUCUGGACGAUUUGAAGCAAGGGAAAGUGCCAAGACCAGGACCGAAGAAUGGACGUUUCGCGUCGGAACCUGCCGGAGGGUUGACUUCGCUGACGGCUGAACCGCAAGGACCGGGUUUUGGAUUGCAGCCGGGACUGUAGGAUGCUGAAUCUGUUAAUAUGGCAGUAAUAUUUUGCGAAGAGAAGUAAUGUCAAAAAUCUA